GGGUGUUUCCAUGGACGGGACAGACCAAGAGCCGGUGGCGGGGCGGACCCGCCAGAGGUCCCCUCCGGAGGAGAAGCCGUUCCCUUUCCCGGCCUGGGAGGAGAGCUCAGGGGACGAGAAUGGGCUGGUCAUUCACAGCCAGGUGGAGGAAGAGGAACAUAAAUGCGCCAUGUGCGGGGAGAGCUUCAGUCAGCCGCUGGGCCUGCUGCGCCACCAAAAGCAGCAACACGCUGGCGAACGAGCCUUCGUCUGUCCCGAGUGCGGCCGGGGCUUCAGCCUCAAACACAACCUCAUCAUCCACCAGCGCAUCCACACCGGCGAGAAGCCAUUCGGCUGCAGCGUCUGCGGGAAGCGCUUCAGCCUCAAGCAGAACCUGCUCACCCACCAACGGGUUCACGGUGGCCCAGCCCGCCGCCCUUUCGCUUGCCCCGUCUGCGGGAAGCACUUCCGGGAAGAACGGUUGCUCACCGCUCACCAGAAAAGAGACGACUGCGAGCAGCAGCAGCAGGGCAGCCUGGAAGACCAAACAGGGCCUGUCGACGAGGAGGGUGAGGAGGAUUUUGCGCGCCGCCGGCUGAGGGUCAAGCAUCAAGAGAAGCCUCCCCAAACCCGGGCCGCCUUUUCCCGUCGGGGUUCUGGGAAACCCUUAGGGGGACGAAGCGGCCGUGCUGGCUCGCCAAGGACCCGGCAAGCAAAGGAGGAGACCCCCAAAGUCCCAAAACCGAGGCUCCGCAGGGAAGACGCUCCCUUCCAGUGCGUGACAUGCAAGAAGAACUUUUCGCAGAAAGGCAACCUGGCGGCACAUCGUCGGAGUCACCGGGAGCGGGAGUCCCUCAGCUGAAGACAAGCUGAGAGGGUUGAGCAGGGGCUGAGCAAUCGGAGCGGUAGCGGGCAGCAGGCUUGAGAAAGGGACCAAGAGCAGGCGGCCAAGGAGAAAGUGCAGCCCCCUCCCCAUCCCGGAUCCGGUCGUUCGAGGGACAUACUGGAAAAUAUUUUUUUACGUUCUCCAUCAAGUCCCUUUUCACAUCUUGGGACCGCGAGCUGACAAAAAAACUACAAGACACAGGGUGCUUUCCAUAUUUCUGCAUUUUUGUACCUUCUUUUUU